GUCGAGCAUCGGUGUUCGCCCCGCCUACUAGAGAAGCUAUCCUUCCUUCCAUCCGUAAAAACCGCUUGGCUUCGGUUUUGGCUCUCAAAUCCCGGGCAAUCCGAAGUACUGUGAGUAUUUUCAAGAUGGCUUUCUCGGUGAAGGCACUGUACGUAGUUCUUUUCGUUCUUCUUGCGUUUCAAACGCUCUGCCCAAGCGAGUCGCAUCCGCUGUUUCGCCGGUCGGUAGGAGAAGCUAAAAAUGGCUCCGGAGAGAACAAUAAGUCUGAGAAAGUCGCGCCUUGUUUGGAAGAAAGAAAUGGCAUUUACCCCUGUUCGUCUACGAUUACUGGUAACUUCCUAUUGAUGGUAUUUUAUGGAGCUAUCCUGGGAGUGGCUGCAAAGUGCAUCUCUGAUGGGGCAGAGCUCUUAUUGGACCUUGGCCUGCCAGCUUCUAUCGUGGGUGGUAUGGUGCUGCCUCUUCUGGGCGCCGUCCCCGACUCUGCUAUCAUCAUAGUGUCUGGACUCGGAGCUGAUGCCCAGGACAAGCUAAAUGUUGGCAUGGGAACUCUGGCUGGUAGUACCAUUAUGUUGCUGACAGCCGCCUGGGCAGGAAGUGUUUUGAUUGGCAGAUGUGACCUUAACCGACAUGGAGAGGCUAUCGAAAAGACUGGAUAUGGCAAGUUAAGCUGUACUAAGCAGGGUGUGACAGUCCUACCAGAUGUGGUUACUGCUGUCUAUAUCAUGCUGGGCACCUCGAUUUCGUACUUCAUCGUCCAAAUAGCGGAUUGGAAAUUUGGUGCCACCAGGUUUGGUCCUCAACCUGCCUAUAUAGGCAAGGCCGCCCUUGCCAUGAUGAUAGUCUGCUUUAUUGCCUUCAUCGCAUAUCUUGCAUUCUUGAUGUAUGAUAGCAAGGCAGCAGAGCGGAGAGCUGACAGGCACAGACAGGAACGAAUCCAGCGUCGGGUUCUACACCACUUUGUUUUGAUGGCUAAUAAGCGUGUGCCAGAGAAAAUUGGUGGUGAUGACAUAGAUUCCGCUGAAGACCAGAAAGCCCAGGAAGCACAUGUCCAGAAAAAGUACUUCAAGGCCUGGCAUUUGGGAUCUGGAAUGAAGACUAAGGAAGCAAGCGAGCGUGACCCCAUUCUGGGAGAGACCACCGAUGAGAAGGCACCACUACGCAAAGCAUCCUUUGAGAUGAGUGAGGAGGCUGAGGAACACGAGGAAGAAGAAAAGGAGGAGAGCAAGGCUAUGUUGACCUUCAAGUCUGUGGGUCUCCUUGUCUUGGGUGUCGGCCUGGUGACAAUCUUUGCUGACCCGAUGUGUGACGUACUUAGCUCUCUAACUGACACGAGGAACCACUCCUAUAUCCCAAUCAGCUCCUUCUACGUGUCAUUCGUGGUGACCCCCCUAUGCUCAAACGCCUCGGAACUUCUGUCUUCGCUCAUUUUUGCUUCCAAGAAGAAAAAGGAGAAUGUGUCUAUGACAUUCUCUCAGCUGUACGGUGCUGGUACCAUGAACAACACUCUUUGCUUGGGGAUCUUCGCUGCACUUGUAUACUUCCGUGAAUUGCGGUGGUAUUUUUCUGCUGAGGUCACUGUCAUCGUGUUGAUCCAGUGGGCAGUAGGACUCGUCGGCUUGAGACACACCUACAAGAUCUGGAUGGCAGGACUGAUCGGAACCUUGUAUAUCUUUUCCAUUGCACUGAUUGCCCUUCUUGAAAGCCGUGCUAUUGGAUGGAAGUAAACUAAUCAACGAAGAGAAAAAAAGAGAAAAAUGUGUGCAAUUUCAGUUUUUUUCAAAUUAAAGAACCACCUGGAUCAUUAGAAAGAUAAAGCAAGCUGGGAUAUCGGCAAAUCUGCAAAUUGGAUGUUAGGGUUUAAAAACUUUCAUAUUGGAAUAUGAUAUUCGCGAAAUGCAUCGUACAAAUAUAGACUGGUUUUCAUUAACUCGUGAAACAACGUGUGAUAGUCAAAGGCUGUGUAAUACACUAAAGUGUAGUUCACAGGUUAAUCAAAAUCACUCUAUUGAAUAGUCAUUCUCUAUAUGUUAAUUAACUUGUGCAUUUGUGGAUAAUUGGCUGGGUUGUCCUUACAACUACGGUUUGCUCUAUUUGUAUAAAUAUCAAACCGAGUGACCCGUGACUAUUAGUGGCCCUAUUACAAUAUACAUAGGGGAAAUGAUUCAAAACAAAAGUGAAUUUUCAUAUACUAAUCCUAAAUGUAAUACUAGAAAGUUUUUGGAUAAUCUAUAUAUGUAUAUCAGUCUUGUUGAAAUUAGCCUUGCCUUGGUCUAGUCUCCCUCAUUACACUAGGCGAGUCCAGAAUGGCUGUGAGGGAGGCAAGCGGUUCUAUGGCACGCAGUAGAAUAAUUAUUAUUUCAAAGCAUAACGUCUGCACAACUUUUUAACUAUUUAUUAGUGUAGGAUAAGUACUGCUUUCCUAAAUUGUAAAAUUUAAAAUCUGCAAUAGGAACAAAGUGUAUUCAAUCUUUCAAGGAAGCAUGGGGUAGGAAUUUAUAAUGAUAAAAUAUGAAUUGCUUGGGAUGUAACAUAUUUACUGUAAGGCAAUAGGGUAUACUAGUUCCACCCCCAAUUCAGACAUCUGACUCGUACGUGCAUUUGAUGUCAUGGAUUAAGAAGUUUGUUCUAGAUUAAACAAUGUUUGGUCAGGGAGUUGAGAAUAAACUUGUUGACCUA